CUGUCAGCAUCGCCCGCGUAACGGCUUGACGAUUUGAUGUCUAAGUCAGUCCAAUUUUCUGUUGCGAAGCGGUGAGGCACGUGGUGGUGUGAUCUGGGCUAAUUGUGUGACAUAAGUGUCAGAUUCGUACUUGCACGUGUGUAGGACUGUGUUCUAUGAAAUAAUUCGUUUAGCAAUUAAAGGGAUUUCGAGAUUUUGGGCGAGGAUUCAAUUAUGCACCAUUUGACAAGUGGGCAUUGUUCCGUCAAGUUUUAAGGAUUGCUUGAAAGCAAUUACAUUAUUACUCAUAAAAUUUUGGAUUAGAAAUGGAGCUUGAACAAGAACUGUACAAUUUGAAGAGACAGUUGUCUGCUGAAAAAGCUUCUUGUAAAUUUCUUCAAGAAGAACUGGAGAUACUUCAGAAAGAAAUGAAAGAACAGGAGAGAAACUUGAAUGAAGUAAUUAAGUCUUUGAGAGAAGAAAUUGACCUAAAGAAAACUUCAGUUUUGGAAUUGAAAAUCAAGGUAGAGAAUCUAGAGGAAGAAAGGGAAGAGGAAAGAAAAAAGUAUGAGUCAGAAAUUGAUCUACUGAAAGGACAACUGGCAAAUGCAGUAAUUGAUCAAGGAGAAAAUUCAAAACGUCAUUUGACAUUCCAGUCAGAAAUGCAAAUUCUACAGGAUAAAAUUGAUGUUCUAGAGCAACAGCUAGAGCGAAGUAAAUCAGAAAGUGAGAAACUUCUCCUCGAGAAAGUGCAGGGAAUGAAGCAAUACGAGGAAAUACUCGAAGAAAAGGGUGAAUUAAAAAAUGCAUUGACAGGUGUAAGGCAUGAAUUGGCAUCAUCCUUAGAGCAUUGUCAAGCAUUGCAAGAAGAAGUUGUUUUAUUAAAAGUUGAAAAUAAUGCUUUUAAAUCAGCACCACAAUCUCAUUCAUCAAAAGGAAAUUCAGUGUUUGCAGAAGUAGAUGACAAUCGAAAAGCUUUGAAAAAUAGUUUGGAUAAACUCGCUGAAAAAUCUGCAUUGUUGAGGAAAGUGCAAGAGGUAUGUGCAAACCAAGAAAUUAAUGAAACCAAUUUAAUAGAUUCAUACAAGGCUAGAAUAAAGGAUUUGGAGACCAUUGUUGAAGAUCUUAAAAAAGACAAGGAGUCUUGUGACAGUGCAAGCGAUUAUAAAACCAUUAAUGGAAUUUUUGCUGUGAAAAACAAAUUGAUCGAGUCACUUCAAGACAAGGUAGAAAAGCUGUCACAAACCACUUUGGUGCAAAGUGAAACAAUAUUUUUCCUUAAAAGAGAUUUGGAAAUUCAAACAACUAAAGCAGCUUAUGAACUAACAGAGAAGAUGCGCCUUCAAGAAUUGGUUGAUGCUAAAACGAAAAUGUCAUCAAAGAAGUUUUUCAGUAAAGUUACUGAGCCCAUUGAUCAGUGGCUGGAAAUACAAGGAUUAUAUCGUAAACAUACUGCCCAUGAUCCCUCUUGUCUUUUUCGAGCUGUAGCUGAACAGGUGUACUUUUCCCAGUGCUGCCAUGAAAUAGUAAGAAAGCAAUGUGUACAUUUCAUGGCUCAGAAUAAAUCUCAGUAUGAAAAGAUGGUGGAAGGGCCAGUGGAAGAUUAUUUAUACAAACUAAACAACUCAAAGGAAUGGGGUAGUCAACUGGAAUUAAAUGCACUAUCCCUUUUAUAUCAGAGGGAGAUUGUAGUGUUUGAACAAGAUGAAAAGCCCCGUCGUAUUUCAAUUAAUAAUGCUUUCAAGAAAUGUAUUAUGUUAUGUUAUUCAUCUGAAAACCAUUAUGAUUCUGUAUAUCCUAAAUCAUAUAUAAUGAAAUCUGCAUUUUGUCAAUCAUUGGUCUAUGAAAUACUUUACAAAAAGGUAUUUCGUUUGAUAGAUGUUGAUUUUGCUGUUGAUAAAAUGCUUCGUAAAUCAAGUCACACUAAAAGAGAACACUACAUUCAACAAAAUUAUAUUUGUGCGUCACGAAGUUUUGGAUUGUCUCUUGAUUUACCUGAGAAGACGGUGAAACAUUUAGAACAUGAAAGAUUUGAAGAUGAACUAAAUGCAAAGGAUUUGUUGUUAAGAGGCAUUACUCCAUUUCCUUAUAAAGUUGCGAAGGCUCUUGAUCCAGAUAUUUAUAGAAAUAUAGAAUUUGAUGUUUGGAGUGAUUUAAGAAGAGAGAUGAAAUUGGGUAUUGUUGGAGGCAAAAGUGACGAGUUACAAAUUGGAGUCAAGUGUUUGGUGAAAAUGCAACCUGACCGUGUCUUUCAUGCUCACAUACAGGAAAUGGAACCUAACAAUGGGCCUGUCAUUGUAUUUGUAGAGGAACUAGGAAAAAAGUGCACUGUAUCACAUGAUGUCUUGGAACCACUCCCGAAAAAUCAGAAAGUACAAUGGACAGUCCCCUACAAACAGCAUCAUAUUAAUACAUUAGCUUCUAAGGCGCCAUUCUUAAAUAUAACAGAAUUGAGUAGUAAAUGGAGGAAAAACAAGUACAAUAAGUCACGGAAAUUGAAGGAUAUAUUUAUGCCUGCGUCAUUGCAGUCUUUUCAUCAAGAUCCAUCACAAGGAACUGUUCAUUAUCCGAUGGAUCACUUUAAUUACAAUAGUAAUAUUAGUGUAGCCAGCUCAGAAGAAUGUUCAAAUGAGUCAUCACAUAUGAUUCAAGCUGACAAUGCUGUUAACAGUAACAUGGGGUCCCCUCCAGCUGAUUCUACAUCACCUACAAUUUCUGCUCAGUUAGGUGUUUCAGAGCAGAAUCACAAUAGCAACUGCAACCCUCCCUUCCAGAUUGUUGGAGUUCCCAUGUAUCACUCGGUAUGUCCAGAUUCUUCAGGAAUUAGAGUUUCUACACCAUCAAUUGGUUCUCCAAUGCCUUCGUACAUACUGUGUAAUGGUAAUCCUCAGGGGCGAGUACAUCCUGGGAUGGAAAACUUCACACUACAACCUGUGAAUUUUUAUGCUCCAAAAUCAGUUAAUUUAAAUGGAAGUGACUUGCCCUUUUCUGAUAUUCCAACUUUGCGGUUCUAUUACAACUUGGGACAUGAUUUCUUCCGUUCAGGUUGUGUAAUGUGGCCCAAUCCUGGAUCAUCUUGCUCUCCUCAUUUGUCUCCUCCACCUGGAGAAAAUAACUCACAACUUCUUCCUGAUUCGACAGUUCCAUCAGAAGAAGAUUCUUAUCAAGGACCAAAAAUGCAAACUGCUCAACCAGCACCAGCUGUACAUCAGCAACAACAAACCAUUCCUCUUGCAAUUCCUCAGACAAUAACUCAUACAAUGCCAAUUACAGCUCAAGUUGUUCCUCAAGUUGCUUCUGUUCCUCAAGUCUCUUCCUCUGCAAUUGUAUCUAACAUGUUACCUCAAAUGGUACCAGUUUCACCUUCAACUCCACAUCCCAUGUCUCAUCCGCAAUCCACUCCUAAAUUGAUACAACAGCCAUCACCUUCACCUCCUCCUCCACACACCAUGUGCCCUAUUUUACCCAAAUCACCACCACUCCAACAACCUAUGUUUGGCAUGAACAAUAUAUGGCCUCAACAGACUGCUUCUUUUCCCAAUCAUCAGCAAAGAGUUAACAUUCCCGAAUCUGAUAAUAGAUCAAACCCUCCUCAAAGUCAUGAAGAUAGUGCCACUCGAGGGAUUGAUGCAGUGAGUAUGAAUACUUGUCAAGGUAGUCUUGCUGCUCAUCCUCCUGUGUUGGAUUCCUACACACACUCACCAAUAUAUCCAUACUAUGUUGUUGAAAUGGAUUCUGUUCCAUUCUACAAUCCAUAUUCUUUUGUAAUGCAGCCUUCAUCUGAAAUGGAUGUAAUAUCAACAUCUCAGAUCCAUGCUGUACAAUCCCCAGGUAUGCCAUCAAUGCCACCUGUUUUGUAUCAUUCACAACCUGUGCCUCAUGGUGUCUCUGCCCCUCAUUGGAUUAGUUCUGAUGGUGUACCACAGUACACUGUUGCUAUGUAAACAGAGAGAGAUUGAGUAAAUUGACCUAGCUGACUCAUAAUAGGUACGAUUUUGAUUACUGAUUAUUAAUACUGCCUCUUUUGAAAUUAUGAACUAUAUUAACUUGUUAUUACAUAAAUCACAAAUAUUUAUCUUCUGCCCAUUUAUAACAAUUUAUAAAAUGCCAGUAUAUUCAAUGUUGUUAUAUAGUCUUUCCUUAAUUUAAUUAAAUUACAAAUAGUGUAAUGAAAUCAUUUCAAAAAAGUUGUCUUUGAAUAUAAAAAAUUAAGAAAAAACGAUAAAUUCAUGUUGAUGAACUUUUCAUUAGCCCAGAAAACAUUUCUCUUUUUAUCAUUGUAUUAUCUUCAGCUGAAGAAAAGCAUUUCAAAAAUGUUGCUAUUUACUUUGUGAACUGUAAUCACAUUAUGUGAUUUGAAAGUUAUUAAUAUUCAUUAUAAUUCUAUGUUAAAUGAGAGUUAAUUUAAAAAUGUUUUUUGUUGUAUUAUUCACCUAGGUGAGUGAGUAUUUUGUUUUCAAGGAAGAAAUAAAUUAUUUUUGUUACAUGCAUAUCUGGAUAUUGAAUGUUCAUAAAAUAAGCUUGUUUUUAUAAAAAUUGAUAUUAAAUAUAAGCU